AUGCCCGUGGUCACCAGCAAGGGUCCCCUGCGAACUCACGAGAGCAGGCCAAGGUCCACAGCCGAGCGGGGCCUCAAUCCUGCCCCCAACCCCCACCAGUACUCCCCGCUGCUGAAGAAGCUUUACUGCCAAAUCGCCAAGACGUGCCCCAUCCAGGUCAAGGUGUCCACCCCGCCGCCCCCCGGCACCGUCGUCCGGGCCAUGCCCGUCUACAAGAAGGCAGAGCAUGUGACGGAGGUGGUGAAGCGCUGCCCCAACCAUGAGCUCGGGCGAGACUUCAAUGAAGGACAGUCUGCUCCGGCCAGCCACCUCAUCCGCGUGGAGGGUAACAAUCUCUCACAGUACGUGGACGACCCUGUCACAGGCAGGCAGAGCGUCAUGGUCCCCUACGAGCCCCCGCAGGUGGGGACAGAAUUCACCACCAUCCUCUACAAUUUCAUGUGCAACAGCAGCUGUGUGGGGGGCAUGAACCGGAGGCCGAUCCUCAUCAUCAUCACCCUGGAGACCCGGGACGGACAGGUGCUGGGCCGCAGGUCCUUCGAGGGCCGCAUCUGCGCCUGUCCUGGCCGGGACCGCAAGGCCGACGAGGACCACUACCGCGAGCAGCAGGCCCUGAGCGAGAGUGCGGCCAAGAAUGGGGCCGCCAGCAAGCGCGCCUUCAAACAGAGCCCCCCGGCCGUGCCCGCCCUGGGCACCAGCGUGAAGAAGCGGAGGCACGGGGACGAGGAUGUGUACUACAUGCACGUGCGGGGCCGGGAGAACUUUGAGAUCCUGAUGAAGGUCAAGGAGAGCCUGGAGCUGAUGGAGCUGGUGCCGCAGCAGCUGGUGGACACAUACCGGCAGCAGCAGCAGCAGCUCCUGCAGAGGCCGAGCCACCUGCAGCCGGCGCCCUACGGACCCGUCCUCUCGCCCAUGAACAAAGCGCACGGGGGCAUCAACAAGCUCCCGUCCGUGAACCAGCUGGUGGGCCAGCCUCCCCCACACGGCUCGGCAGCCGGGCCCAACCUGGGCCCCGUGGGCCCCGGCGUUCUCAGCAACCACGGCCACACCCUGCCAGCCAACGGCGAGAUGAACAGCGGCCACGGCGCCCAGUCCAUGGUCUCGGGGUCCCACUGCACCCCUCCACCCCCCUACCACGCCGACCCCAGCCUGGUCAGUUUUUUAACAGGAUUGGGGUGUCCAAACUGUAUCGAGUAUUUCACCUCCCAAGGCUUACAGAACAUUUACCACCUGCAGAAUCUGACGAUAGAGGACUUCGGGAACCUGAAGAUCCCGGACCAGUACCGGAUGACCAUCUGGAGGGGCCUCCAGGACCUGAAGCAGAGCCACGACUACGGCGCCCAGCAGCUGAUCCGCUCCAGCAGCAACGCCUCCACCAUCUCCAUCGGCAGCUCCGGGGAGCUGCAGCGGCAGCGGGUCAUGGAGGCCGUGCACUUCCGCGUGCGCCACACCAUCACCAUCCCCAACCGCGGGGGCCCGGGCGCCGGCUCGGGGCCCGACGAGUGGGCGGACUUCGGCUUCGACCUCCCGGACUGCAAGUCCCGAAAACAGUCCAUCAAAGAGGAGUUCACGGAGAGCGAGAUUAACUGAGGGGCCGGGAGGGCGCGGGGGGCGCGCGGCGGGGGGCGCGGCGUCCGAGCCCCUGGGCGGCCUUGCUCGGGCUCCCCUUCCUUGUUGUCACAAACUGCCUCGGGAGGCAGGACGGGCAGGCCGUGCAGGGCGACGAGGCGACGGCCGCCCCGCGGCCCCGGGACGCGAGCUGGGCGGGCCGGCCGCCUGCCGCAUCCGCCCCCCCGCCGGCUCCGCUGCUCCCCAGCGAGCUCCUUCGGGAUACAAGGAUGGCCGCUGCCGACGGACUGCCGAAAAGUAUUUUCCGAUGUCUUUUGUUUCCUGGCAACGAGUGGUUCCGUGAUUGUGUCUAAAACACGUUUAUUUCGGGGUCAGCUCUCCAGACCCUGUCUCUGCCCAAGGCUGGGUCCCUCUGCUGGACUUGAGGGUCCGCCUAGCCCUCCCACUUCAAACCCACUGCAGCUGCCUUACAUUUCCUGCCCCAAAAAAGGAAAACCGGAAUUUCCUUGGAAUCAGAGACGACUGGGGAGGAGGGCGUCCCUCCCGGGAGGCAAGGAAGCUUCUGGUCAGUUGCCACCAGCCAACACCCGAGCCAGCACCACUGGCCACGGCCACAGCCCUCCCGUGAGCUUCUCAGCACAGACACGGACAGCAUGCUCCUUAGACUACUGCAAAUUGUCAAUAUUUGAUAAAAUGAUACCCUUCGUA